AGGAUUGCAAUUAAGAACCCUGCAAGGUUUAUAUUUGCGGAGUAGAGUAAGGUCUGAGACCAGAACCUGAGGACGGACUAACGGUUGGAAGUGAGUCCUCCGGUAGCAGUACUGGAACCACUAUCUAACCUUUCACAUAGAGUCAAUCUGUACGUUUAGCCUUGCAGGUGGAGAUCAUCUUACCAAGUUAGCUUUACAGCAAACCUUACCAACGGAGUUAACCUUUAGAGCAAACCUUACCAAUGGAGUUAUCUUUAGAGCAAACCUCCACCAACAGAGUUAAUCUUUAGAGCAAACCUCCACCAACAGAGUUAAUCUUUAGAGCAAACCUCCACCAACAGAGUUAAUAUUUAGAGCAAACCUCCACCAAAAGAGUUAAUCUUUAGAGCAAAUUAUCAACAGAGUUAAUCAUUAAAAUUGACUUGAAAUAAAUCCUGAAAGUUAACCUUAAACAUGAAGUUAAUCCUUAAACAUAAACAUUGAGAUUAACCUUUACAGUGUUUUCUCAUAAAGACGACUCAGUUUAACCAUAGUUUCUAGAGUUAAACCUUAAUCUCGAGUUAAAUCUUAUUCUAAGAGUUAAAUCAUACUCCUAUGGCUAAACUUAAUUUUGAGUCAAUCAUUACUCCCAGAGUGAGUACUAUUCCGGAAGAAGUGAAUUUAACGAACUAGUUUUUACAUCCGGAUCCUUCAAACUUUUCUUUAGGAUUGUUAAGCCUUGCAGUGCUGACUAAUGCUCUAACAGUGUACCAUUGGAUACCUUCCAUUUCGAACUUAUUGUUCUAUUUACUCAGAAUAUAUUUGUCAAAGGGAUAUUAUGAUUUUGUGACUGCAACUAUUGCUUGCAAAGGAGCUAUAAUUAAAAACUGUUUAGGACAGAUAACGUUUUACUUCAAAAGAAGUCUUAAAUGAACUAAAACGUUUAAAACGUUACAUCGAUAUAAACGUUACAGGACAAAAGUGAAUAUUUGGAAGAAACUCUGAAAUCGACAUAAAUAAACGUUCAGGUGUGUCAAGAUGCUCGUGUUUGUGACCGUGCUUCUCUCUGUCUGUCUGUCACCCACUGCACAACUCAAGAUGUUGGACAAAACUCAGGAGCCGUUCUUUGAUGUUACCGCUAACUCAGUUUUCACAGGACAAGUGGGAGGAAGGGUAUUUUUGAGCUGCGCCAUCUACAAUCUUCACAACAAGUCAGUAUCCUGGAUUAGAGAGAGGGACGGGUAUAUUCUCACAGUGGACAGGGAGACCUUUAUCUCAGACUCAAGAUUUUUCGCAGUGCACUCUGAUACUGGUCUAUCUGAUACCUGGAGCUUAGGGAUAAAUCAUGUAGAAGACGAGGAUCAAGGAAAAUAUCAAUGUCAGGUUAGCGCUGAGGAGAAACUGAGUAGGAUAACUGAACUGGUUGUUAUUCACCCACAGGUGACAAUCCAGGGAGGUCCUGAUAUUCAUGUCAAAGCUCGAUCAGUGGUUCACCUGAAGUGCAUCAUCUCCCAGACGGUGGAUCCCCCGGUCUACGUCACCUGGUUCUUCAACAAUAAGAUGCUCAUCGAUUUUACCGGAGCAGAUGUGUCUCUCUCACACUCCCUCACUGUAUCGACCAGCAGGCUUACUCUAAGAGAUGUUGAUCUGGUUGACGCUGGUAACUACACGUGUCAACCAGCUGCUCUACCGGAAGCUACUGUAACUCUCCACGUGGUCAAACCAGAAACAGUAGAAAUCAUGGAAGUGACGUCAGCAGCAGAAACCCUCAUGAGUCUAACUGCUUUAUCUUUGUUCAGUUUCAUAUUUUAUUUUAUAUAAAUUACUUUUAUUUCAACGCAAAUAAUAUGUUUCAGACAUUUACAGCUUUUAUAUGAAAUUAUUAUUCGCGGAAUUAAAAAGUAAUUAGUACAAAAACCCAAACAGCUUCAUUCUUGUAUUAAACUAAAAAUAUUUUAAAAGUUAAAAACCGUAUGAAAGUUAAACAUUCAAAAAUAAUUGACAUUAAAAAGCACAUUAUUUGAUGCUUGAUACAAUUUUUUACAUAAAAAUAUUUUUUUUUAAAUGUUAAUGUAACUUAUAAAUUGUUACAACUGUUAUAUUUUUAUAAUUAAUUAAAUCACACAGGAUUCAAAACAACUUUGAGUCUUUUCUUUUCAUAUUGUUAUCUUCAAUACAGUAGUUGGCGUUUAUAUCAAUACAACAAAGACGACUUUUCUAUUUAAGUUUUGAUUCCUAUCAAACUUUUUAAAA